UAAUAUUAUAUUUAAAACAAAUAUGCAUUUUAAUAAAAAAAGAAACUGAUAUAUAUACUUUAAUAAAGGAAUCAUCUAUUAUGUCAUUUAAAGAUUCUCGUGAUCGAUUGCCAACAUUACAUGAGGUGCUUUCGAGGAGAGCAGAACCUCCAGUUGAUCUGUUUAAUUUCUACAUCUAUAUGCGAGAUCAAGCACAAAGUGUCGACUAUCUUGAUUUAUGGUUAGAUAUUAUGCAACAUACAUCAUUAUGUCGCCUUUAUGUGCGAGAACUAAGAAAAUCUAUUCUUGUUUCAACACCAGAAAAAUUUGAUAAGGAAGCAAAAGAGAAGCUAAAAAAUUUUAAAGAUGGAGAAGAAGGCGAUUAUUUGCGUUCUACUAUGUAUUCAGAAAAAGAUAUAGAUGUUCAUAUUGUAACAUCAAAUCUUCACAACUUCGGGCCUUUGGGCAGUGAAUUAAACAAUAAUCGCACUAGCGGAAACAAAGGACGAAAAAGAGAAUCCUAUUUAUCAUCAGAAGAAUCUCGUAAUUCAUCAGAAGUGACACAAACAAUCAACCGUAAAGAUAUUCGUGCAUCUGCAGAACGUGUACUUUAUGCAUACUUAAUUCAAGGCGCAGAAAGAGAAGUAGCACUUCCUUCCCAUAUUCUUCGGGGAAUUGCAACCGCAAUAGAAGCAGAUGGUAGAGAUGAUCCAGAAGUUUUUGAUGAAGCAAGAGAUUAUGUAUUUCAGGCCAUGGAACGUGAUGCAUAUCCAGGUUUUUUAAGGGCCAAAGCUUUAGGGAAUAUUAUCCCAUUAAGUAGUCUUCUUCGAUUACUUAUAGGUCUUUUAUCAUUAUUUGCAGGACUUUGGACAGGAUUCACUCUAAUUUUCCUCGGUGCAACAAAAAGUGAACGAUCAUGGAUAUUUUUACCAUUUUUAAUAGGAAUAUAUUGUAUUUAUGCACAUCAAUACUUUCUCGACCCUAUUUUAGUCAUUAUUGGAUUAUCAGAAACAACAUUUCUAUCAUAUAUGCGUAUACGAGAACCAUAUGUUAAAAAACUAUUACUAAAACGAGCUUUAUGGGUACUAUUAUUGAUCGGGAUUACAGUAAUAACAAUAUCUUUAUUAAUGAGCCUGGUUCCUACUUAUAGAUUAUAA